AAAAAAAAAAGAAAGAAAGAAAAGAGGAAGGAAGGCGCAAUUAGUUUGGAGAGGCUGCUACACGGAAGGCGGAUACAAGUACUUGAUGGCUUAGCAGCGUAUGCUGUAUGUAGCUUUCUGCGCUGAACACGAACGACGAUCUGAUAACUGUGGGGGAUGGAUCGCAUGCGCAAAGAGAUAGCCCUUCUCUCCCUGAUUUGAGUUCGUAAAAUUUACUUUGUGUGAAACAAACCAACGGGUUCUGCUGGAAUGUUUUUUUUUGAUUGGGCAGUCCUGGUACUUCCUCGCUGAGAACCUGGUCCCUGAAAAAAAAGACUAUUCUCAGGCAUCAUCAUCAUCAUCAUCUGGCCGAGUAGAAGACCCCUUUCUCAUCCUUUUCUUCUUUUCAUCCCCACUCCUCUCCUCCCCCUCCUCCCUUUCCCUCUGUCCACUCCCUCCCUUUCCCUCUCAUCCCUUCCGCCAAGAGUCAGUAUGUCCAGCCCAUCGCCCACUGUCAACCAGAGGGAAAAGUACCAGGACCAGUUGCCAAGCGACCCCAAGGCCCUGGACAACCGCUUCCCCCUGUACCUUGGCGACUGGGUCAAAUCCGACCCCCGCAAGGACGAUGACCUGGCCAUGGACAACAUGGACGAGCCUCACAUGAAGCGCAAGCUGGCCAUCCUCAAGAAGCAUCCCGAAAUCGAAGGGCUCUACGGCCACGAUUCCAGGACCUCCCUCAUCACAAUUGCCGCUGCCGCUGCCCAAGUCUACUUUGCCUACUUAUUCGGUCGGGUCUGGACAGAGACCUUCUGGGGAUUCGUUGCCUUUGCCUACGUCGUCGGAGGAUCUAUCACAGCUCUCUACGGUGUCCUGAUCCACGAGGCCACCCACAACCAUGCUGCACCCACGGUCUUCCUGAACAAGUUGGUGGGAUUGACUGCCAACAUUGGCAUCCCCGUCCCCAUCUACGCUUCGUUCCGUCGUUAUCAUCUCGAGCACCACACCUACCAGGGAGUCACUGGAAUGGAUCCUGACCUUCCCUUGGAGUGGGAGAAGAAGAUGAUCCGCGGCAAUGCCGCCUUGAAGCUGCUAUGGCUCUUUAUCUACCCAGUCAUGUAUGUUGUCCGCGGUGCCGCCAUGAAGAAGAAGCCCUCGACUUGGGAAAUCUACAACAUCAUUUUCACAGUCUGCUCAGAUGCGCUCGUGGUCAAGUUCUGCGGCUUGCGCGGCCUGUUGUACCUGUUUGUGUCGCUCUGGUUCGGUUAUGGCCUGCACCCUGGCGCUGCCCACUUCAUCCAGGAGCACUAUACCUUUGACGAUGGUCAGGAAACUUACUCAUACUACGGUAUCCUCAACAAGCCAUACAUGAACAUUGGUCUCCACAUGGAGCACCACGACUUCACCAAGGUCGCAUGGUCUCGUCUGCCCAAGGUCCGCGCCAUGGCCCCUGAGUUCUAUGACUCGAUGGCAUAUCACACCUCGUGGUUGCUCGUCCACUGGAAGUUCAUCACCGAGCCCGGUUACGGCCCUCAGUCCCGUCUCGGACGCUCAAUGGAGGAUCACAAGGCUGCUCGUAAGCAGGUCGGAAAGCUGCGCCGGGCUGACGAGCAUGCCUACGAGGAGAUGGCUCUGGAUGCACAGAAGACGAAGGAUGAUUAAACACAGGGAUUCAGGACAGCCGAGAGAAAAUUGGAGUGGAGCGAGCCCUUUCGGAUAGCGCUCGGAUUUAUUCCCAUGUUGGGUAGGAGGAGAGACAGGGGAGCAUACUAUUUGGAAUAGUACGCACCCAGCAUGGCAUUUCUUCCCUUUUCUUUUGGUCGUUCGCAUCGUCCUCCUGUUUCACUACCCAUAUAUGCUCAACGUAGACCUUCCCUUGUGUUAUUUUCAUCUCUCUUUCAGUUCAAGUUACCCUACAAUAUAUACACAAACUCAUACGCAACUGCGCUCUUA